GUUCAUUCACUGGGAUUGGUUUCAAGUGACGCCAUCUCUUUAUUUUUAAACCAAUGACCUCAUCCGCGCUUGAAGUUUCCUGACCAGCGACUCUUUCUGUUUCCCCAACCCCCCACCCCACCCCCCCGCCUUUCCCCCUCUUUCUGUGUAUCCCUGUUUUGGGGGGGGGCUUUCGCCCAUUUUUAAACGAUUAUUAUCACCUUCCCUCCCCCCCCUCCGCCGUGCUCCCCACCUCCCCAGCUUUCCCUCCCCAAGUUCUUUACCCCUCUCGACAUUUUUUUUUUUUCCCCCUGAAGGCUAACUGGGGAGGGGGGUGGAAGAGAAAGAGUGAAGAAAAGUUGCAAACGUCUCCUGGCUGCUGCGUCUCCCGCCCCCACCCGCCCCUCCGCGGAGGAGAAGCUUCUGUGGUGAAAGCCGAGCAGCCGGACCGAGCGACGGACGGGACGGGUCGCGAGCGGCCGCGCAGCCGCCCUCCCCGCUCCGCGGCGGCGCCUCGCGAGCCCGGGAGGCGCGGGGGCCCGAGGGGAGACGCGGUGACAACUUUCGGUUCCCUCAGAGGGGAGCCGGGAGGUCGGCGGCCCCAGAAGCUUCCAGUCCAGGGUAAAGCUGUUGGAGCAAGAGAGCAAAGGUAAAGAAUGAUGUAAUGCACUGGCAGCCCCAAAGCAUCUUUUGUUGUGGAGUGGUUAUUGCAGUCAUCUCUUUAUGAAUCAAGUGUGAGGGGCUGCUUUGUGGAAGGAGUCCUUUGCAAGAGCACAUCAACAGGAAAGAGAAAGAGACAUUCACUUGGAGGGCUCUUGCUGAAAAUGGGUUUAACUCUGCCUUUGCCAACCACCACCAGUCUGACCUCACACAUUUGUAGUACAAUGGAGUGGCUCAGCCUUUGAGCACACCACCAUUACAUCAUCGUGGCAAAUUAAAGAAGGAGGUGGAAGAGCGGACUUAUUGUUGUCAUGGCCCAUGAGAUGAUUGUAACUCAAAUACUUACUGAGAAGUUGGUGGCUCUCCUGGAAAGUGGAACGGAAAAAGUGCUGCUAAUUGAUAGCCGGCCAUUUGUGGAGUACAAUACAUCCCACAUUUUGGAAGCCAUUAAUAUCAACUGCUCCAAGCUUAUGAAGCGAAGAUUGCAACAGGACAAAGUGUUAAUUACAGAGCUCAUCCAGCACUCUGCAAAACAUAAGGUUGACAUUGAUCGUAGUCAGAAGGUUGUUGUGUAUGAUCAAAGCUCCCAAGAUGUUGCCGCUCUGUCUUCAGACUGUUUUCUCACUGUACUUCUGGGUAAACUGGAGAAGAGCUUCAACUCGGUUCACCUGCUUGCAGGUGGGUUUGCUGAGUUCUCUCGUUGUUUCCCUGGCCUCUGUGAAGGAAAAUCUACUCUAGUCCCUACCUGCAUUUCUCAGCCUUGCUUACCUGUUGCCAACAUUGGGCCAACUCGAAUUCUUCCCAAUCUUUAUCUUGGCUGCCAGCGAGAUGUCCUCAACAAGGAGCUCAUGCAACAGAAUGGCAUUGGUUAUGUGUUAAAUGCCAGCAAUACCUGUCCAAAGCCUGACUUCAUCCCUGAUUCUCAUUUCCUGCGAGUACCUGUGAAUGAUAGCUUCUGUGAGAAAAUUUUGCCAUGGCUGGACAAAUCUGUAGAUUUCAUUGAGAAAGCAAAAGCCUCCAAUGGAUGUGUCCUAGUGCACUGUUUGGCUGGGAUCUCUCGCUCUGCCACCAUUGCCAUAGCCUACAUCAUGAAGAGGAUGGAUAUGUCUUUGGAUGAAGCUUACAGAUUUGUGAAAGAGAAAAGACCUACUAUCUCUCCAAACUUCAAUUUUCUGGGCCAACUCCUGGACUAUGAGAAGAAGAUUAAGACCCAGCCUGGAGCAUCAGGGCCCAAGAGCAAACUGAAGCUGCUGCAUGUGGAGAAGCCACCUGAGCCUGUCCCUGCAGCCUCAGGGGGUGGGCAGAACAGUGAGGUGUCCCUCAGUCCACCCUGCGCCAACUCUGCUACCUCAGAGGCAGCAGGGCCGAGGCCUGUGCAGCCCGCCAGUGUGCCCGGCCUGCAGCCCGCACUGCCGGAGGACAGCUCGCUGGUGCAGGCGCUCAAUGGGCUGCACCUGUCCUCGGACAAGCUAGAGGACAGCAGUAAGCUCAAGCGGUCCUUCUCUCUGGACAUCAAGUCAGUGUCGUGUUCAGCCAGCACGGCCGCAUCUUUGCACGGCUUCUCCUCGUCCGAAGACGCUCUGGAGUACUUCAAGCCUUCCACGGCGCUGGAUGGGACCAACAAGCUCUGCCAGUUCUCCCCCGUGCAGGAAGUGUCAGAGCAGACUCCAGAAAGCAGCCCAGAUAAGGAGGAGGCCAGCAUCCCCAAGAAGCCUCAGCCUCCCAGGCCCUCAGAGAGCCAGAGCAAGCGGCUGCACUCGGUGCGAAGCAGCGCCAGCGGCGCCCCCCAGAGGUCCCUCCUGUCUCCCCUGCAUCGGAGCGGGAGCGUGGAGGACAAUUACCACACCAACUUCCUCUUUGGCCUCUCCACCAGCCAGCAGCACCUCGCCAAGUCUGCUGCGGGGCUGGGCCUCAAGGGCUGGCACUCCGACAUCUUGGCGCCCCAGACUUCUGCCCCUUCCUUGACCAACAGCUGGUAUUUCGCUGCGGAGUCCUCGCACUUCUACUCGGCCUCAGCCAUCUACGGAGGCAGUGCCAGUUACUCUGCCUACAGCUGCAGCCAGCUGCCCACGGGCAGUGACCAGGUCUACUCCGUGCGGAGGCGGCAGAAGCCAAGUGACAGAGUGGACUCACGGCGGAGCUGGCACGAAGAGAGCCCCUUUGAAAAGCAGUUUAAGCGCAGAAGCUGCCAGAUGGAAUUCGGAGAGAGCAUCAUGUCCGAGAACAGGUCGCGGGAAGAGCUGGGCAAAGUGGGCAGCCAGUCUAGCUUUUCCGGCAGCAUGGAAAUCAUCGAGGUCUCCUGAGUAGACAGACCCCCGUGACUUCUAUUGACAAUUUUGUCUUGUUCACAGAAAAAUUCCCUGUAAAUCUGAAAUAUAUAUAUAUGUACAUACAUAUAUAUUUUUGGAAAAUGGAGCUAUGGUGUAAAAGCAAACAGUGGAUCAGCACAGUUGUUCUCUUAACAUCUGCAAGUGUGAGAUCAGCUAAUGUUUCUCCCGACAAAAGUGGAAGGGCAGAUGUCAGAAUUUCCCCUGACAGAGCAAACAGUUUUAUUCAAUGACUUGUACAUCCUCCUCCUUUUUGGUGUUAGAAGACAAAAAUCCCCUGCUGCUUUCACACCACACCAUGCUAGAACGAUCUCAGACCUUCGUCUAGUCCCUUCUCUUCCAUAGUGCACCUUAGCGCUGACUGAGCCAGCUUGUGGGUCGGUGGUAGACCCUCUUAGGGACAGAACCUAGUGGUAAAUCCAAGAGAAAUGGUCCCAUCCAAACCUGAUUCACACAUCCAAACUCACCUGACAGCCGAGGGAGGUGAGCAUCACUCUGCUGGACAGACCACUAGGGGCCUUGCCAAGAUGUAUUUUAGAACCCAGUACCUCAGACAGCAGUGUCGGGGCUUGCCCCACUACCAGCUCUGGUGGCCUGUUUCCAGGUGUUGUGAAGAGGUAGGGAGCUAGUCCCUUUGCAGACCAGUUCAAACUGUCUGUGCACAAAAUCCCAGUGGGGCCUGGAUGGAGGAAGUUAACUUUUCUUCUCAACUCCAUUGAGAGAGAAGGCAACCCAUCUAGGAUUCAGCUCAGCCAGCAAUCUGGCAGCGUAAUGAUUCAAGCUAGGUUGGGAGGCUAGGCAAGUCUACCUCCCUCGAUAAAUCAAAGAACUGUGUAAAAUGGGAUUGUUGAUCCUUUAAAUAAAGAGUAACUUGGUUGAAUGCCAAAUGUGAAUUCUUUGGGUUGGUAGCGAGGAUCAGCACCCUCAACUUCUCAGCCAAAGGUGAUGCUGCUUGUGUCAGUGCACGGCCACAGUGUAGAAACGGAACAGUACGGCAGAAUAUUCUAGGCAGCUACUCGGAGGAGAACUCCAGAAAGAACGCAGAGCAAGAGCAGCAGGAGCUCGGCUUCCCCUGUGGCUUUCUCCCCUUGGUCUGCGAUGGAGGCGGCCUUUCCGUCAUCGCCUUAGACUCGCAUUUCAGGGGGGCUGGCGAGAGGCUGUCGUGCAGCAAGGACUGUCCACGAUCGGGGCACAGGAAGGCGGCGGCUGUGGGAUGGCGCUGCGUUCGGCGGGGCAGGAAGCUGCCUCCCCAGCACCGCGCAGAAGGGCCUCCCUCAAGGGCCACACCAGGGUGGCUUGUCAGUCCUUGACCGCUAUGUAGACUCGGCCCUGGCAGCUGGAAGCAGGAGGUAAUUAGUGAUAACGCCUAUCUGCUUUCCAACUUCCUGGCUUCAGUUUUCUCAGCCGCAGUCCGGUCCUCGCUGGAAGCCUAACUCCCGUCAGCGGGUGGGCGGCCAGGGUGCUGUCGUUGUCCUUCUCUACUGGAAGGGUAGCUGGCUGCUGACUCAUAUCUCAGGUCUUUCUACAUCUGAGCAACGGGCAGCCCCCUGACUAGGAUGUGACUUCGUGUUUCCUAUGGUGACUAACGCCGGCAUGGAGCGGUGUGACUGAGAACUGAGGGACUGAUCCUGAGUGUUUCCCAGGCGUGGCUGAUCAGGUACCGAGAACGUGCUGUGACGUGGGCGGAGAGUGAACCAUGUCAGGCACACAUGGUUACCACACUGGGGAAGCUGCUGAGUGAUCUGAGCUCUUACGGACACACGUUGAAAUCUCUGAUGUGAUCACUCGCAAGGUUUCCCACAGUGAUUUUGAUGUGUUGUGUGUACACCAAAUGUGUAACAGUUCACCGCUUCCAGGAUCUUGUCACAUCUGCCGAGCAUUUUAAAGAUGUGAAAGCAACAGCUCCGUUGUUCGUGUUUUCCAACGUGAGGAACACGGCUUCGGUGAGCUCUUUGGGCAGAAAUCUGCCUUGUUAGGUAGGGUUUCUCCUGGUGUGGUCCUCUGCCUCCCACACUGUGCUGCAGUCCUGACAGCAGCCUUAGCCCUUGCUCACAAACGUCACACAGUCCUUUGCAUUGAGGUGGCCAAGGCAAGUUCUGGCACGCGUAGCUGCGGGUGUGUGGGGCGCCCUCCUCCCCGUGGGAUGCUGGGGGAAGCUCUGGAGGUGGCCGGCGCGCCACAGAUGGGCUAGAACGCCCCUAGAUGUCUGAGAAAUGCCGGAAGAUGGUUUAGGCCGUCUGUGGAGUGAGCGGAGAGAGCGUCUGCGUGUUUAAUACGACAAGAACGUUCUUCCGAAGGCAAGCUGAUGAAUUACAUUGUGCAUUUCUCAUUUUGAUGUGUCAUGUAUGUUAAUAUGAAAUAAAAUCAAAACUGGUACCUGUUUCUGCAUAAUGAAAGGUCCUCUC